CUUAACAUUGCAGACCAAGUAAGUCAGAAAUAUAUAAUAUUGCUUAUUCGGGCGGAUCCAAAAACUAGGGCUAAACAAACCGACAAAAAUUACCACGAAAAGCGGGAAGAUGGUGGAGUUCGGAUUUGAUAUCAAGCACUUAUUCCCACAACCGAUCAUCCAGGUGCAGGCGGACUCCCUUCGUCCCAAGAUGAGCCCAGUGAACCGCGGCAGUCAGAGGUCCGUGAAGAUGGUGCCGAGCUGCCAAUUGAGCCAAAUACUGGAUGCCAUGGGCCAACUUUCGGCGGUGGCGCAGGGACUGCGACAACCAGUUACCACCGCCGAGAAGCUAAUGCCGAAUCAGGUGGUUUACCUGAUGGCCGAUAACAAGAAUGGCAAUUGGAUGGUCACCGGGCUGCUGAAGGUCGGCACCAAGGAUCUGUUCCUCUUCGACAAGCAGGGAUCGUAUCGUCGCGCCGAUGGCACUCCGGCCAUCCUCGACUUCUAUAUCCACGAGUCCCGGCAGCGUCACGGCCUGGGGAAGAUGCUGUUCCAGAGGAUGUUGGACGAACAGGGCUGGACGGCCGGCAAGUGUUCGGUGGAUCGGCCGUCGACGAAGCUGCUCGCCUUCCUGGGGAAGCACUACAAUCUGGUGAAGACCAUUCCGCAGGGCAACAACUUUGUGCUCUACGAGGGCUUCUUCGACGAGCCGCUGAUGAGUCGCGGCCGCCAGGCGAACAAUGUGCCGCGCAAUGGCAGCCAGAGCCAGGGUCGCCUCAUGUGGCAGGGAUGCAUGCCACUGCAGCAGGGCGGCAGAGCCGGAAGGGAGCCGCGUCGCGAUACCCAUGGACUCCUGCAGACCACUGGCGGCGGCGCCAACUAUCAUGCCACCCGGUCCAUGUGCACCCUGCCCCAGGCUCAGAGCUCCAGGGCCAAGAAAUAGGAUCGAUCCCCGCUGCCUGGGCUGAAAAAACAAUUCGAAUUGUUACCCAUUUUGAAGAUCGCAACGCACUCAAAAUUGCUAGUUUAAAUUUUAAUGGUUUUAUCGUUGGCCAUUGUUCAAUCACGCCAUUUAAACACUCAUCUGUUCUUAUUUUUCAAUACAACCCUAAGUGGAGCUGAAUGAGCUGCAACUUGGUAAAUUAUAUUUUGUAAACUGCUUUGGACACACGAAUGUCGAGACAAAGCGAGGUAACAAGCUAUCACAAAGCUGUUUUCACUUUUUUAUUAUAAAAAACAUUUUCCUCAUUAAUCACAAA